UCUCUCCCCGCCUUCGCCAUGGACUCGCCUCCCCCUCCUCCAGCUCCGCCGCCGCCUCCGCAGGCGCCGGCGGUUGGACCCCGGAUGUCAGCGGUGGAGGUCGAUCGCCAGCCCUCCAUCGCCUCCCACCCCUCGCCUAUGGGAAUUCUCAGCCCGAGCCUUCUCAUCAUCGCCGCCAUAAUCGCCUUCGUCAUCGUCGCCUCCUUCUCCAUCCACCUCCUCCUCCGUUUCCUCUCCUUCCGACGCCGCUCUUCCUCCGCCGUCACUGCCUUGUCGGUGUCUCUCGCCCGCUCGCGCUCCGCCUCGGGCUCCUCCGCUGCUGCCGCCGACUCCGCCCUCUCCGAUCGGGAGAAUGCGGCUCUCAUCGACUCCCUCCCCGUGUUCACGCUGGCCUCCGCCCUCGCCUCCCUCCCCAAGUCCUCGCCGGACUGCGCCGUCUGCCUUUGCCCGUUCCGCCCUCACGACGAACUCCGCCUCCUCCCUGCCUGCCGCCACGCCUUCCACUCGUCGUGCGUCGAACCCUGGUUAAGGAACACCCCUUCUUGCCCCCUCUGCCGCGCCUCCAUCGCCCUCCCCAUCCCGCCCCUUCAGGUGCCGCCGUCAUCGGCUGCGCCACCAGUCGCCGUCGACCGGGAUACCUCAAGAUCCGGCAGCUUUAGGAUCGAGAUUGGCAGCGUCAGUCACCGGAGGACUUCCUCGGGGGAAGAAUCUGGGAACAACCCGCCACCGCUGCCACCGAGUCUGAGAACGUACUCGAUAGGGUCGUCGUUCGAGUUCCUGGUGGAAGAGGAGGUGGAGGCGGUGGUGGCGCGGAUUGCGAGGCGGACGGAGAAGGUGGUGAAGCCAGGGGACAGCGCGGCCGACGCGUCUCCGGGGGCGCCGGGGGAGGAGGUGGCUGAAGCGGCGGGGGGAGGGCGAAGGUGGCUGAAGGAGUACGUGGACCGGCUGGCCUCGUCGGCGUCGUCGUCGUUCUCAUCGCUUCGCUUCUCCGGCCGGUGGAGCUGCCGUUACGACGAAGACGGCGGCGGCUCCGUGGGACGGCACUCGUGGGAUCUGGAGGGGAGCGCCCGGCGGGAGGCGGAGGAGGGUGGUUACUACGGCUUUUACCGGUGGCUGAUCGGGGCAUAGCCGUCAUUUCCCACCCCGUCUCCCACCCCCCCCUUCUUCCCCCGUCGAUCUCCUCAGGUGCCGCCACCGAAGCUUAUUUCGAAUACCACCAUAUUACCAAAACACCCACGCACCUUUCUCUCUAUUCACAAUAUUACCCUAUGAUCAGACGGCCCAGAACCGAGAUCUUCCAGCGGGACCCACACCCCGAUGUAAGCAGCACAAAAAACAAAAAACAAAAACAAAAGCGAUUUCCUUGGAAAUGUUUUGUGGAUGUUGGGAAUUAUUACUGCGGUGACUUGUCGCUGGUUCCCGAGAGCGCGCUUCCCCGGUACAUAUACCUCUCCGCUCUCGUUGCGUGGACGUGUGUGUGCACAGUGCUCAUGGGUGUCGAGCGAUCACGAAGGGGGUGGGGGGAGGGCGGAGGCAACAGCCGCUGCAGUCGCAGAUUUAAUGCCCCCCCAUUACUCCCUGCUCUUCUUGCCCUGCGCCUGGCCACCUGCCGCUCAUUGAAGUUGAACCUGUGUACUCGUGCCAUGAGAGUUGGGGUUGAUGAAUGUGAGCCAUCCACAUUCAAUUCUUCUCGCUGUUGAAUGAACGAGAAGGCUAUGCCGCUACAGUCGCAGACACAUCCCCAUUAAUUUGUCUCUUCUGCUCGUAAAUGGCCGCUAGCUUCUUGUCGUCGCGUUAGACGUACAUUAAACGGCCCUUUGAUGGUUUGCGACCACAAACGUAGCAAGCCAAAUGGAGCUCUCGCCGGUGCACGCCAAGCGGAACGCGUUGAAGCAGUGAGGAGGUUGUGGUGCCGCACACGGAUCUCACUGAGAAAUCUUGAAUCCCCAUGAGGUCAAGCAAUAUAUAUAUGUAUCAUUAGAUCCUGCAGGAAGGUGAAUAGGUUCAGCAGCAUCAGCAAAGGAGCAGAAUGACGCUGACUGACAAUGAGGGGAAUGUAACAGCUACCACUUGUAGAGGAAGAUGAAGCUGGAGCAGUCAUCAAACAUCUCUGUCAUGGAGCAAUCCUGUGGCAGAGUCACUGCACUGUGACCACCAUCGCCACAUUGUUGAA